UCUACAGCAAGACAAUCUCGUAUACCCGAACAACAAGGUAUUGGUCAAACUCUACCUCCUGUUCCUGUCGGUAUCGAUUCUUUAAAUGCCCCUCCUUUACCUCCUGGCGCCAUGCCUGCAGGUACUCGUCUCCAAGUGGGAAAGUAUCAAGUUAUAGUACACAACUUUAUUGCUGAAGGU